CCCCUAUCCAAUUUUUGGGCCAAUUCCCUCUUCGUACUACCAAAAAAUGAGAUUCUUGCCGAAUCCGAGUUUGCUGCUCCAACCAUUACCAAACUAAUACCUAUUCUGUUUAGUACUUCAGGUGCUUCUGUUGCGUAUAAUGUAAAUGCCGUAGCGGAUCAAUUCCAACGAGUCUUUCAAACUAGUACUUUUUGUAAUCGACUCUAUAGCUUCUUCAAUAAACGCUGGUUCUUCGAUCAAGUUUUGAAUGACUUUCUAGUCAGAUCGUUCUUGCGUUUCGGGUAUGAAGUCUCAUUCGAAGCUUUAGACAAAGGUGCUAUUGAGAUAUUGGGCCCCUAUGGUAUCUCGUACACAUUCCGACGAUUGGCCGAGCGAAUAAGUCAACUUCAAAGUGGAUUUGUUUAUCAUUAUGCCUUUGCAAUGUUACUUGGUUCAACUCUAUUUGUGACCUUUUCUUGUAUGUGGGACUUUCUAUCUUCUUGGGUAGAUAAUCGAUCGUCUUUCAUUUGGAUAGUGAGCAGUUUUUAUUUUUAUAAUAAUAAGUCAAGUCAAGAAUAAUAAUCGAACUGGAGGAGCUUGCCGGGAUGGCUUGGUAAGCAAGCAACCAGGCGCCAACUCCCAGUUCUUUCUCUUCUUUCUUUUUUAGUUUAAUGACAGUUCAUCAAAACAAUUGUCCAAGAUUGCUAGAUCGAGCACGCGACGCGCAUAGUCUUAAGCCCAAGAACGGGUUGUACCCUUUUUUUUAAACAUUUUUACUACUUCCUUGCCUCUUCCUUUUCAGAGAUCUCGUUGUUCUCUUCCCAGAUUUUUCUAUACUUUCGCAGUCUUCUUCAUUAUGUUGUUCGCUUACUUUCUAAGGUCUAACCUUUCGCUCCUUGAGCUCUUUUGCUACUCUUCUACUCUCAGGGAAGUUGUAGUUGAUAGCUCCCCGAGCCGAGCAUUCCAGAGGCAUCCGAUGGAAUGAUUGAAUGUAGUAAGGCUCUACUCCUUAUUAGAAAAAGAUAUUAUAUAACCUUCUGUAGCGGAGGAGUUAAGGAUUGAUUCAGCUCUUCUAGCAGCUAUUGAGUUAGGAAGCUAUGGAAGCUAAUCCACCCCAUUGGGGUUCCGGGUAUAAAGCAAGAAGACUAGCGAGUGACUCGGAAGUCAGAAAGGCAGGGUCAUGGCACUCUUUAGAGGAAAGCAAAAGAGUGAAGUAGCUAACGAGGUAAGGAGCAGUUGUAGUUAUGGAGAGAAAAGGUCAAGCAAAUGAAUCGAACUAGGAAGCUUUGCUAGAGCUUAAAAGGGAUAUAUUCAUUAAACCAUUAACAGUCGCCCCGGCAGUAAGAGGGAUGAUUCUUGCGGCUUAUUUUGGUCACGCUAGUAACUGCAGUAGCCGGCAGGUAAUCAUAAUAUUUUAUUAGCCUGUCUGUGUGCGGGCUUCGUAUUGAUCCUAAAGAUCUCCCAGAAGGGGAAACUUCGCUCCCUCAAACCCCGAGUCUUUAGUCGAUCCAUUAGCUCCCUUUAAACCCGGAGAGAAUUAGAUAUUUAGGAAUGACUUACGUUAUUAACAAGUUCUUACUUACUUUCAUUGCUACAUGCAGGUAUAGGCAAAGGUGAAUCAAGUCCAUUCUCUCUGUCAGCAUUCAUUCCUUAGCCAAUGUAAGGAGUUAGACAGACUUUAUUCAGCUGGUUACCAGAUCUGAUUUCAUAUCUGAUCUUUCCGGGACGUUUAUGCCAUUACUGGAACAAAUCCCCGGAUUAGGAUUAUCUAAAGCAAUUGCCUUCCAUGCAAGCAAAGCAGUUUAGUGACUUUUGUGCUUCAUUUAGUUUUGCGUAUCAGUUAAGUUUCAGGUCUGUGCCUGAGGCCUGGACCAGAAAGCUUUCAUGGCGGGGGCAGAAACGGAAGCAGGUACGAAUAGAAGAAGGCCCAGAAUAGCCAAGCCAAAGGGGUCCAAUCAGUCUAAUGCGUAAUGUCUGGUAUCGGGAGUCUUUUAGUAAUCCACAGAUUAGGAACCGAGUGGGGAAGUGAGCUCUACUCGAAACUAGAAAGGCUGCUCUGCCACCUAGGGGAUAGGAAACCUAUUCCUUUUAGUCCGAUUCGUCGGAAUCUUCCUUUACUCCAAGCUUUUCCAUUACUAUGAAAGCAUAGAAUAUCGUGAGUUAAGAUAGCCAUUAAAGGAGUGAGUGUGGAUAGAUGCCUAUAAAACCACUAGGAGAAGUCAUAGUAUCGGAUGAUGGAAAUACAGGGUCCGGAAACUUCCAAUUCUAUUCCAGUUCCACUAUCGGAUUCUGGGCAUGAAGCCUUGACAAGGAGCGAAGCAGCUCGAACGAAUGUGAGAGGGCUUACGAAACUAGGGCAAGAAAAUCUCACGUAGAAGGGAGGGCCAGAUUGAACUUAAAAUGAAAGUAAUUCCACGAACAGGUUUAGAGUAGUCAAUUCAAGACUUAUAGUAGGACUUUCUCUACCGGGAGAUGGUUUAGCGCGAG